UGCUUUCGGAAGAGUGCAGAAUUACGCGUCAUACUUAUUAUAUAUACGUACUACUUGCUCGCAGAAUUCCGCAAAAAGUGCAAUAAAACUGAGCCAAUCGGGCUUGUGUUAGUUUCCGUCAACAGUAUCGACGCCAGAUCAAGUAUUAAAAAAUAAGCCCUAGAGGAAACUAACACAAGCCCGAGUUGGCUCAGUUUCAUUGUUACUAGCUGUACAUAGCUGAUAUAUAUGUAUUCGUAGUCGUAGGGUAGUCAUAGUGCUUAUAUGUUGUGGUCGUGUUAUGCUGUCUGCUUUCGCUUCGAUUUCCUUUACCUGUCAAAAUCGAAUAGAUUCUAACGAGUACGCGAGUACCUGAUAAAGAGAAUACGCUUAAACCAUUAGCGAGAUGGCACAUUGGUUCCACCGCAACGUAUUGAAAGGCACGACGAACCAGAAAUUUGAUUUAAAAAUAACUGAUCCUACGGAUGCUACAAGAAAGCUGUCCAGGAAUAUUGCAUUACGUGCGUACGUGUUGCAGCGAUCUCAGAUUAUCGAGGAGUCGCCUUUUAGAAUUGAUAAAGAAUCCGAAUAACUCAUCCGACACUAUAGAACCAGCUUUCGAGAGUUACUUGACCCUGUUGUACGGAUUCAUAUGGGAAAUAAAUUCGGCUGUGGAGCAAGCCGAGCACGUCGGAAGACCGAAUCCUAGCAAGCUUCGGAACGUCAUCGUGUACAAAUGGACGCAUACGUUAUUGGGAACAAAUACUUAUUCCAGCGCCGAUUCCGUUUACGAGGCAGCUAACAUGAGCAUGAAUAUAGGUCUUUGGUUUAUGAAACACGCGGCAAUGAUCGCUGCUAAAGACGAUAUAAGUAUGAACGAAGCGAAAGAUGUACAUACUAUGCUAAGGCGGGCUGCUGGAAUAUUUACCUUUGUACAAACAGAAUUUCUACCGCAAUUGGCAGAGCCAUCGCCGCUUGGAAGUGAUUUAGAUCCAAGAGUAAUAAAUGCGUACGUGAAUCAGUGUACAGCAGAAGCGCAAGAAGUAACGGUCGCGAGAGCGGUGGAACUGAAACAUAAUGCCAGUUUGAUAUCGGCAUUGGCUAACGAGACGAGUAAAUUAUUUCUGGACGCUGCUAAUACGUUGCGUCCCUUUAAACCGGAGAUAGCGGCGCAGUGGAUUAAAUACUUGGAAUUUAAAUCGGCGUUCUAUCGAUCCUAUGCUUAUAAUUAUUGCGGUGAGAACUUACUAUCAAUGGACAAAUGCGGAGAGGCGAUUAAAGCCUUGCAGGAGAGCGAGACGUGUUUGAAAAAGGCGAAGACAUUGUGUCAGGAAUAUGGAAAAAUUAAUGGACCGGCUCCUAAAGUAAAGCCGGACCAACACGCCGUAUUUAAACGGCUGGCGCCUUUGGUGAAGCUAACUCUGGACAAGUGCAAUCGCGAAAACGGUUUGAUCUAUCAUCACACGAUUCCGGGCGAAGUGCCGACGUUGGACACGAAGGCUACCUUCGGAUUGGUCAGCCCCAUCGAUUUUCAAAUGAAAUCACACAAUCCUAUAUGGAAUUUAGACGUGUACAGAACCUUGUCCGGGCUGAACCCGGCUAAAAUGGAAAAGGAGCAGAGUUUACCUCCUGUUAAGGAGGACGCGAUUCACCAGACCAGCAAAGAUCCUAAGAACGAAAGCGGAUGUUUAAUACAAUAAAUUGCUUAACGUGCACCAUCGCAGGCGAUAUAAAUUCUCUUUGUAAUAUUUCUUUAUACAAGCGUCGACGCUAAGUAUUGUCACAACAUUAACGCAUUAAUUUAUUUCGCAAAAAUUUGUACACGCGUUUAGUAAAAUGCAAAAUGACUCAGUAUUCGCUUUUAGCAUUUAAAUAUUUCUGAUUCGAGUAAUCGCUGAUACGUGUUCGUAAACAGUCUAACUACCGCAAAAAUUAAGUUGCAGUAAAAGCUACCAUUAAUUGUAAAGAGAAUACAUUCGUUAUAGAAUGUACUUUCUAUAUUUUUAUUCUGUUGAUUUAUAUAAUUUACAU